AUGGCCCCUGUCUCGGUUCCGCGGUUUGCUGCCGUGCUAGCUGUCAUUGGCAACGUCCGGGCUGUCCCCAUUGUUUCCGAGCCUACAACAACUGUGUUCUCGGAGCCUACCAACUUGCCGUCUCCAUACGCCAUUUCUCACUCCAAUGUGACGUUUCACGGCCCUUAUGACGGUCCGCCUGCCACCACAACUGGCGCUCUUUCCACCGUUGUCUUGGGCCCUUCCAUCGCCCCGGCACCACCCCCGCCCGGGAUUGUCGCUUAUGAGGCAGACGGAGAACUCCACGGCGACCAGCCGAUGCCCUACACCCCUAGCGGUGGGAUUGGUACCAACGGCUCGGAGCCCGUUUACAAAGUAGCCAGCGAUUUCGACUAUCAGUCCCUCGCUCUCGCACUUUACCAUGAGUGGAUUGAACUCGACGCGUUCCAUUGGGGACUUGCGACCUUCUCGGACGAGGAGUUUGACGCGUACGGUAUCAACGCAGAAGAUCGCCACCUGCUACAGCACAUGGCCGACCAAGAGAUCGGCCACGCCUCUGUCAUAGCCAAUAUGCUUGGCCCCAACGCACCCAAGCAGUGCACGUACAACUACCCGGUCUCCAACGUGCGGGAGUACAUAGACUUCAACCAGAAGCUCACUCGUUGGGCCGAAGCCGGCGUGUACGGCUUCCUCCCACACCUCAACUCGGGCCCGGCCGCCUCGAUGCUACUACAAAGCAUCACGGUCGAAGCACGCCAGCAGCUCAUCUUCCGCCAAUUCGGCGGCCAGUUCCCCAUGCCAGAGUGGCACACCCCUGGCAUCCCUCAGAGCUGGGCGUGGACCCUUCUCGCGCCGUACAUCUCCUCCUGCCCGUACAACCAGACGCGCCUCGUGUGGCAAAACUUCCCCGCCCUGCACAUCCUCAACCAGCCCAACCCGGCGCGCAUCAACGGCGCCGACGUAUGGAACGAAACCACGGGCGGCUGGGCCAACACACUGUCCACGGCCGGCAUCCCGCCCGACGAGCUCUGCGUCAACGCCACCGACAAGACACUCGACUGCCGCGCCGCCGUCUCCAACAACCGCUCCAUCCCGCUCUCCUACCCCGGCCGCGAGGUGUUUUUCCGGUGGGACGCGCCGGGCCAGCUGGUGGGGCCCAACAACAGCUACGUGACGACGACCAACGUGGCCGAGCCGCGCUUUGCGGCCUGGCUGUCCCAGCUCAAUGUCACGUACACGCCGCUGCUGAACGUGAGUGUGGAGGACCAGACGGCGUAUACCAUCCAGCCGAAUGUGUCGACGUGGAAGGGGGAUCCGGCCGUGAAUGGGACCAUGUUUAUUGCGCUAACGGAUACGGAUCUGUUCGUGACGCCAUAUAAUGUUAGCAUGAUUAACCCCCAUGUGGCGGCGUUGGCGGUGUAUCAGGCUGGUUGA